CCCCAUUUCACAUAACAAACCCCCAAUUACAUCUCCUCCUCCUCCUCCUCCUCCUCCUCCUCCUUCUUCUGCCAAAUGGGUUUCGAUGAUCAUGCUUGCAACACAGGCCUUGUAUUAGGGUUAGGUCUGACGUCGUCUGCUCCUCAGGAGAGUUGUAACCUUACAAAGUUUGCAAAGAAUAAUAUUAAGCCUUCCCUAAAUUCUGCUCCAACAAGUGGUGCUUUUGAGCCAUCUUUAACUUUAGGUCUUUCUGGUGAGCCAUAUCAUCAACAAACAGUAGCCUCCAAUAUUUACAAGGUUGGUAAUUCUUCUCAGGAUGAAGCAAUUGAUUUGUACAGGCAAGCUGCCGCAGCGUCCUCUCCUCACAGUCAUAGCGCAGUCUCUAACUCCUUCUCUAGUGGUAGAGUGGUCAAGAGGGAGAGAGACCUCAGCAGUGAAGAGGUUGAUGUCGAUGAGAAAGUCUCCUCAAGAGUGAGUGAUGAAGAUGAAGACGGUUCUAAUGCUAGAAAGAAGCUCAGGCUCACCAAGGAACAAUCUGCUCUCUUAGAGGAAAGCUUCAAACAACAUAGCACUCUCAAUCCUAAGCAAAAGCAAGCUUUAGCCAGGCAGUUAAACUUGAGGCCAAGACAAGUGGAAGUAUGGUUCCAAAAUAGGAGAGCCAGGACAAAGCUUAAGCAAACUGAGGUAGACUGUGAGUUCUUGAAGAAGUGCUGUGAAACACUAACAGAUGAGAACAGAAGGCUACAAAAAGAGCUGCAAGAACUGAAGGCACUCAAAUUAAACCAACCUUUGUACAUGCAUAUGCCAACAGCCACCCUCACUAUGUGUCCAUCUUGUGAAAGAAUCGGAGGUGCUGGUAGUGAGGGAUCAUCCAAGAGCCCAUUUUCUAUGGCUUCAAAGCCUCAUUUUUACAAUCACUUUACCAAUCCCUCAGCAGCUUGUUGAUUAGAAUAUUAAUUACUAUUUAUGUUAGGAUUAGAUUUAUAAGAA